CUUGGUGAAGUGAGACUCAGACUGAGUGGGGUCACAGCACAGGGCGCUGCCUUGCCUGGUUUUAUCUAGCCAAUCACACCUCUCCUAGCCACUAUCUGUGGUCUAGCCCCCUUUGUCCAGGAAGAGAAAGAAGAGCCUCGAGGACCGGUCUAGUCAGGCUGAAGAAAUGUCAACAAUUGGGAGUUUUGAAGGAUUCCAGGCUGUGUCCCUGAAGCAAGAGGGAGAUGACCAGCCCUCUGAGACUGACCACCUAUCGAUGGAAGAAGAGGACCCAGGCAAGGACCCGAUGCCAAGACAGAUUUCAAGGCAGUCAAGUGUGACUGAAUCUACUCUUUUCCCCAAUCCUUAUCAUCAGCCUUAUAUCUCACGGAAGUACUUUGCUACACGGCCGGGGGCCAUUGAGACUGCCAUGGAAGACUUGAAAGGUCACGUAGCUGAGACUUCUGGAGAGACCGUUCAAGGCUUCUGGCUCUUGACAAAGAUAGACCACUGGAACAAUGAGCAGGAGAGAAUUCUGCUGGUCACGGACAAGACUCUCUUGAUCUGCAAAUAUGACUUCAUCAUGCUCAGUUGUGUGCAGCUGCAGCGGAUUCCUCUGAGUGCUGUCUAUCGCAUCUGCCUGGGCAACUUUACCUUCCCUGGGAUGUCCCUGGACAAGAGACGAGGAGAAGGCCUUAGGAUCUACUGGGGGAGUCCAGAGGAGCAGUCCCUACUGUCCCGCUGGAACCCAUGGUCUACUGAAGUUCCUUAUGCUACUUUCACUGAGCACCCUAUGAAAUACACCAGUGAGAAAUUCCUUGAAAUUUGCAAGUUGUCUGGGUUCAUGUCUAAGCUUGUUCCAGCUAUCCAGAAUGCCCACAAGAAUUCAACUGGAUCUGGAAGCAGAAAGAAACUGAUGGUGUUAACCGAACCCAUUUUGAUUGAGACCUACACAGGGCUGAUGUCAUUCAUUGGAAACCGCAACAAACUUGGCUAUUCCCUCGCCCGUGGGAGUAUAGGUUUUUGAGAGUCUUUUUGGUACCAUCAGUAUAUCAUCCAAAGAUAUGCCACUUGAAAAUUUCAUUUUGGCCCACCCUAUUUUUAGACUGAACCAAUUAUUUUUAAGUAAUACUUUAUGAUUUUGAAUAUUUAGUAUUUCCGAAAAUUUAAAAGCUUGAUUGGACUGAUAGAUACACACUUUAGACCUCAUACAGAAUAACCAAAUUUUCUUAAAACUAGAAAACAAAUUCUGCUGAGCCUAUCAA